UGAUCCACUCACCUUGGCCUCCCAAAGUGCUGGGAUUACAGGCAUGAGCCACCAGGCCCAGCCGAUGUGAUGCAUUUUGGAAGCAUGAAUUCCUUUGCUUGCCUGGAUGAUUUUCUUUUUGUUAAUAUCUGUGCUUGAUGUCUAGUAUUUAAACAACUGUGUUUUCCUCUAACUAUCCAAAGGCUUUAAGUCUGAGACAAACUUCCAGGGAGCAAAACAGUCAACCAUUUCACAAUGAUCAGAGGAGCACUCGAGUCAUAAAUAAACAAGACUGAAUUUUACAAAAAUCCAAAGUUUAAAACCAAAGCCCACUUUUCGCAUGAUCCUUUAAGAGAAAGACAAAUCUGGAAGCAAAACAACUUAUAAAAUGACAGUGCACUUUCAGGAGCCCAGGACACCGUAGUGAAAUGGCUCGUUUAUAGUUCACAGAUUGUAAGUCAUGGGGGAUUAUUUAUGAAUUCUCAGGAUUCAUCGGUUUGCUGCAUCCUUCUCCAUUAUUUGAAUAUUGGAGGCUGCCUGACCAGGAUCUUGACAGGGCUUUGCUCCUUCAUCCCAGGUGACCCCUGCUGACUCCCCAGGAAGCUGUAACCCUGGGGGAGGACUCAAUUUGCAAAGUGCUGGGCGAGACCACUGCCAAGAAGUGCUUGCUCACCCUACCUUCAACGGCAGGGGAAUCUCCCUCUCCUUUUGUGGGCGUAGCUGAAGAAAGGAUUCAUAAAUGAAGCUUGAUCCUGCUCAUCAAACCCAGCUCACACCUCCAGCAAUUGAACUUGAAAAAAACCUUUUAAAUAUUACCGCAAACUAUAUUGUCAUCAAAAAAAAAAAAAAAGAAAAAAACACUUCCUAUAUUUGAGAUGAGAGAAUAGAGUGCGAGGCAGUUUCCUGGCUGAACGCACCAGCCCAAUACUUAAAGAGAGCAGCUCCUGACUCCGAUAGAUACCUGAUGGGCCCACAGGGGUGACAGUCCAGGCGGACUGAUCUUCCCAUCCCACAUCCGCCCAGCACGAUGCCAAGAAAAGGCUGACCGCAACUGGGCCUUCUGCAGAGAAAGGCCUCCUCUUGACUGCCCCGGCUGCUCCCAAGGGCCAGGAAGAUGGAUUCACACCUGCUGAUGUGGGGACUGCUCAUGUUCAUCAUGGUGCCCAGCUGCCAGGCAGAGCUCUGUGACGAUGACCCGCCAAAGAUCACAUACGCCACGUUCAAAGCCUUGGCCUACAAGGAAGGGACCAUGUUGAACUGUGAAUGCAACAGAGGGUUCCGCAGAAUAAAAAGCGGGUCGCCCUACAUGCUCUGUACAGGAAACUCUAGCCACGCGUCCUGGGAGAACCAAUGUCAGUGCAUAAGCUCUUCCCCUAGGAACACAACAAAACAAGUGACACCUCAACCUGAAGAGCAGAAAGAGAGAAAAACCACAGAAAUGCAAAAUCCUAUGCAGCAGGUGGACCAAUCGCGUCUUCCAGGUCACUGCAGGGAGCCUCCGCAGUGGGAAAACGAAGGCACAGAAAGAAUAUAUCAUUUCGUGGUGGGGCAGACGGUUCACUACCAGUGCAUCCAGGGAUACAGGGCUCUACACAGAGGUCCUGCCGAGAGCAUCUGCAAAAUGACCCACGGAAAGACAAGGUGGACCCAGCCCCAGCUCGUGUGCACAAAGCAAACAGAGCCCAGCCAGUUUCCAGGCGAAGAGGAGCCUCAGGCAAGCCCCGACAGCCUUCUUGAGAGUGAGACUUCCUGCCUCAUCACAACGACAGAUUUUCAGAUACAGACAGAAGUGGCUGCGACCAUGGAGACGUUCAUACUUACAACGGGGUACCAGCUAGCAGUGGCUGGCUGUGUUUUCCUGCUGAUCAGCGUCCUCCUCCUGAGUGGGCUCACCUGGCGGCAGAGACAGAGGAAGAGUAGGAGAACAAUCUAGAAAACCAAAAGAACGAGAACUUCUUGGUAAGAAGCCAAGAACAGACAACAGAAGUCAUGAGGCACCAAGCAAAAUCAGAGGAGCUAAACACUUGCCCAGGAGACAUCCCCUGUGCUCACCUGGGUUUUGGAAGCUCUGAAGUCACAUCGCAGGACACGGGGCAGUGGCAACCCCGUCUCUACGCCAGCUCAGUCCCAUCAGAGAGCGAGCGCUACCCACUUCCAAACAGCAAUCCCGUCAUUGAAGAAAAGAGCAAAACCACCAGAGCUCUCCAUCGUAUUUACAUGUACAUGUGUCAUUAAAGCCUGAAUGGUAUGGAACCCUCUCCACGCUCUAUGUAGUAUAGAGAAAAGUAGGUUUACAUUAAUCUCGUCCCAACUCUCCAGUUCAGAAAUCCCAAGGAAAGCCCUCGCACUAAUGUAAAUACACAACACACACACUCUACCCCAUACAACUAGACAUUGUCCUCAUGGCUCCUUUCUCAGCCGCUUCUGACUGCUGAUUCUCCUGUUCACAUCGCCUAAUGAACAUCCUUUAAGAAUUGUGGGCUGCAACCCAGAAAUUUUACCCUUGGCUCAAUUCUCUAAGCUGACCCCCUUCUACUGAACCUUCAGUCUUGAAUUUCUAAAGAACAGAGGCCAUGGCAGAAUAAUCUUUGUAACUUCAAAAUGAGGCAGCCAAGCCCAUGAGGCAAUGUCAGGAACAGAAGGAUGAAUGAGGUCCCAGGCAGAGAAUCACACUUAUCAAAGUUUUACUUGUGCAUGACUAAGAGGCCUCUUUAAGAGUUAGUUUCUCGGGGAUUGCUAUGAAUAAUACUCUGAAUUUGGCCUGCACUAAUCUGAUGUUUACAGGUGAACACAAAAACAUCAGUGUGUACAUUUUCUAAUAAGUGUCUAAGAACACUGAAAAGGGAUCAGUACAUUUACUGUUUAUGGAAGGAAGGAAAGAAAGUAGGAAGUGAAGAGGGAGAAAGGAAGGAGGUCAUACUGGUAGAAUGCAACCAUGGAAAAGGGCACAUCAGGCCAGGCAUGGUGGCUCAGGCCUGUAAUCCCAGCUCCCUAGGAGACCAAGGUGGGAGGAUCUCUUGAGGCCAGGAGUUUGAGACCAGCCUGGGCAGCAUAGCAAGACCUCAUCCCUACAAAAAAUUAAAAAUUGGCUGGGUGUGGUGGCAUGCACCUGUAGUUCCAGCCACUCAGGAGGCUGAGGCAGGAGGAUUGCUUGAGCCCAGGAGUUCGAGGCUGCAGUCAGCCAUGAUGGCACCACUGUACUCCGGCAUGUGCAACAGAGCAAGGCCCUAUCUUUAAGGAAGAAAAAGAAAAGAAGGGCAUGUCAGCUGUCCUCGGACAUUACCAAAAAGUUCAGCGUAUCAGAAUCACCUGCAGGCCUUGUUAAAACAGUUUGCUGGACCAAUCUCCAGAGUUUCUGAGUCAUCAGUCUGGGAGACAGCCAAAGGGUUUGCAUUUCUAACAAUUCCCAGGUGCUGCUGCUGCUGCUGCUAUUCAGGGAACACACUUUGAGAACCGUUGUGUUAUCCCUCUGCACACCCACCCAGUUUCAACUCCCACGAAAAACUCACCUUCAGGAGCUGAGAUUCCAGUGUGCGCCCUGGUUCCAUGUCUGGUGUUACAGCUCCCUCACAAAUGCGCUGAGUCGACAUUCUAGCUCAGCAACAUCACACGGUUAGGGACAUGGACGGAAAUUAUUCA